UUGCCUUGCUGUUUUUCAUAAAUCAGCUGAAGGUAAAGGAAAGAAAGCCGUCUCUGCCUACUCUCAAGGGUGAGAGACAAUGGAUCGCAAACAACAUCGUGUGCAGCUAAACGAUGGUCACUUCAUGCCUAUCCUGGGAUUUGGAACUGCUGCAUCUGCAGAGGUUCCUAAGAGCGAAACAGAGGAGGCCACCAAGAUAGCUAUUGAUGCUGGGUAUCGCCAUAUUGAUUCUGCCUUUGUGUAUGACAAUGAAGAGCAGGUGGGAUGCGCCAUCCGUAGCAAGAUUGCAGACGGCACAGUGAAGAGAGAAGACAUAUUCUACACUUCAAAGCUUUGGGUCACUUUCUUUCAACCAGAGUUGGUCCGACCAGCCUUGGAAAGAUCACUGAAGAAACUUCAGCUGGACUAUGUGGACCUCUACAUUAUGCAUUUCCCAGCAGCUCUGAAGCCGGGGGAGAACAUUCUACCUAUGGAUGAGCAUGGAAAAUGCAUAUUUGACACAGUGGACAUCUGUACCACCUGGGAGGCCCUGGAGAAGUGUAAGGACGCGGGAUUGACCAAGUCCCUCGGCGUGUCCAACUUUAACCACAAGCAGCUGGAGAGGAUCCUGAACAAGCCAGGGCUCAAGUACAAGCCUGUCUGCAACCAGGUAGAAUGCCACCCUUAUCUCAACCAGAGAAAGCUGUUGGACUUCUGCAAGUCAAAAGAUAUUGUGCUUGUGGCCUACAGUGCUCUGGGAUCCCAACGAGAUAAAAAUUGGGUGGACCAGAACUCGCCUGUUCUCUUGGAUGAUCCAGUUCUUUCUGCUAUGGCCAAAAAGCACAAGCGCACCCCAGCCCUGAUUGCCCUUCGCUACCAGAUCCAGCGUGGGGUCGUGGUCCUGGCCAAGAGCUUCAAGGAGAAGCGGAUCAGAGAGAACAUGCAGGUUUUUGAAUUCCAAUUGCCAGAAGAGGACAUGAAGGUCUUAGAUGGAAUGAAUCGAAACACUCACUAUAUCCAUGUUGAAUAUGCCAUUGGCCACCCUGAGUAUCCAUUUACUGAAGAAUAUUAGCAGGGAGCCCUUCGCCAUGCCUUCUACCAGGAGCUCCUGUGUGUGCAGAGUGAUGCGGGAAACCUCUCAGAUGCUCUUGAUUAGAGACAUCACCUAUAGCUAAAUCCAUGCUGCUGAGAAACUCACACUCAACUAGACUCAAGUCUAUAGGACAGGCAUUAAGUUUUUGUUGGUUUGCAAGCAAUUAAGGUUUAAUUUGAUGCAAAGAUCCUUACCCAUUCCAGUCUCUGUUUCUGUUAUUUAAGUUUGUUUCUUUCUGUUUUUAUGGAUCAAAACUAUGAUUUUCAGAGAGACUGAGGAAAAGUGAGAGAUGUCUCAGCAAUUUUAUGCACAUUCCUGGUUGGGGACGGAGGGUGGGGCCUCCACUCUGUUAGCAAAGAAGUAGUUAGCAGGCAUGUGACAGGAUUUCUGAAGCACUUUGAGGACUAUGAAAACACGACAUAUAGUUAGGAAGGUGAGGAACAUGUCAAAAGGAAAACAACACUACAAGGUCUCCCUUGGAGCAGCUCAGAGGAUCAGAGCUCCAGGCAGUCUUGGAAGGAGAGGUCGCUGUGGCCGAUGGUCAGUGGCUAAGUGGGAGGGAAACCAGUCUGAGAGGAUGGACUCGGGUAUGUGCAUUGGGCAGAGGGAGUAGAGCACAUUCACUGAUAUGGUAAUAUUAACACAGGCUCUGUUGAUAAUGAAAUCAGCCUAAAUUACAUCCAAUAUUUGGGCCUGGACGAAUCACUGCCAGCAAUUCCAUGCCUACAUGUUCAUCCAAGAUCAAUGGAAACCUACGUUCACACAAAGAUUUGUACGCAAGUGUUCAUAGAAGCAUUAUUCAUACUAGCCCAAACUUGGAAUCAAUCCAAUUGCCCAUUAAUUGGUGAAUGGAAUCACAAAAUGUGGUACAUCCAUAAAACUGAAUAUUACUUGCUCAUAAAAUGACUGAAUCAUUGCUGCCUGUAAUGACCAGGAUGAAGCUGAAAUUGUUUUGCCAAAUGAAAGAAGAAAAUCACAAAUGAAUACAUCUCAUAUAAUUAUGUAUACAUGAGAUCACUGGAAAGGAAAAUCUCCACAGACAUAAGGUCGGUCAGAGGUCGGCUGAGCCUGGAGUUGGGAGCAGAAAUUGCCUGCAAAUGGGAUUAGUGGGAGUGAUGGAAAGAUUCCAAGAUAGGAUUGUGGUUAUGACUGCAUAACUCUAUCAGUUUACUAGAAGUCACCAAACUAUACAAUUAUAAUAGUGAUUUUCAUGAAUUUCGUGACAUGUAAAUUAUAUAUUAAUAAAAGUGCUGAAUUCUGUCAA